UUCUCUUUUCUUUUAUUCUUGUCAGUUCUGCUCCACUCUUAAGCUCUACUGACCUCCAUCAAAUCACCAAAGAAGAAAAUGGCUGUAAGUGGAGUCCCAGUGCUAGGAUUUUUCAUCAUGGCUUUACUGAUGGGUCCCCAGGAAUCACAGGCUAUCAAAGAGGACCAUGUGAUCAUCCAGGCUGAGUUCUAUAUGACCCCUGACCCGUCAGGCGAGUAUAUGUUUGACUUCGAUGGUGAUGAGAUUUUCCAUGUGGAUUUGGAAAAGAAGGAGACAGUGUGGCGGCUGGAAGAAUUUGGACGUUUUGCCAGUUUUGAGGCCCAGGGUGCCUUGGCCAACAUAGCUGUGGACAAAGCUAACCUGGACAUCAUGAUAAAGCGCUCCAACCACACCCCGAACACCAAUGUACCUCCAGAGGUGACUGUGCUCUCAAACACCCCUGUGGAACUGGGAGAGCCCAACACCCUCAUCUGUUUCAUCGACAAGUUCUCCCCACCGGUGAUCAAUGUCACAUGGCUUCGAAAUGGAAACCCUGUCACCACAGGAGUGUCAGAGACAGUCUUCCUGCCCAGGGAAGACCACCUUUUCCGCAAGUUCCACUAUCUCCCCUUCCUGCCCUCAGCCGAUGAUGUCUAUGACUGCAAGGUGGAGCACUGGGGUUUGGACAAGCCUCUUCUCAAACACUGGGAGUUUGAAGCACCAACUCCCCUCCCAGAGACAACAGAGAAUGUGGUGUGUGCUCUGGGCCUGGUUGUGGGUCUGGUGGGCAUCAUUGUUGGGACCGUCUUCAUCAUCAAGGGCAUGCGCAAGGUCAAUGCUGGUGAACGCCGAGGGCCUCUGUGAGGCACCUGCAGGCAAUGGAGUUUCCUAGAGAGAAGAUCAAUAAAGAAAGCUGUGCUUUAAUUCCUUCACAAACCUGACAAUAUUCCCAACCGUUCACCUCGCUGAAGACAGCCAUUCUUCCACAUUUUCCAGACCUUUAGCUAUUCUAAGAAUAAUGAUGCCUUCCUGAUCUGUCCAGAUUCUGACAUCUAGUUAUCCCCUGUUUGUUGCCCCUUUUUGGGUCUGUUUUCCUCCAUUAUCUACUAUCAUUUUAAUAUCACCAGGUAAUUCCUCUGGAAUAGACCCCAUAGGAUCCUGUCUCUGCUAUGGAACCUUGUGAAUGUUCAAUACAGAUAUCCCUUCUACACUUAUUGCUUGCAUUUCUUCAAACUGUGAUUGUGAUUUUUUUGAACAUAAUAAACUGAUGGGUCUGAGAUGAA